AUGGCUCGUACUCGAUCACAGGUGGCCGCCCAGACGGGCCGCGUACCGUCGGCGCCAAAAAAGCAGGGCAAGCAACCCAGAGGCAUUCAAAAGUCAAAUCGCUUCCUCAUGGCGACAUCCCAUCUAGGUCAGGCUCCACAAAGCCUUGAGUGUGGUCAAUCGCUUCCAGCUUCUGGAAAGAAGAGAUCAUUUCUAAAGGAUCCACGACGAUCGGCUCGAUUCUCUCAUACACAGCAGACUCUAACUAAGGUUGGUGCUGAAUACGACAUGAACUCCGAACCAGUUGAUCCAAUUGAGUUUUGGGCAAGCGAAGGAGAGUGGCCGCGAGAAUACUUCGAAUCCAAAAUGGAGCAUUUACUCGCCCGAAAAAAGUCGUUAUCUGCUUUAUCGUCGACGCCCAGUGAUCAGCGGCCGAGAGAAGAAAAGAGCGCUCCUUACCAAGACCCACGCUAUGAAACUCUUCUGGGGACUAAAAGCAGUUUUAUGGUGAAGUCUAGUCUUGAUAUUAUCAGUUCAACCCAGCAGACUAUUCCAGCGGAUUCUUUAUUCCGAGAUGAUAUUUUUGAAGCCGCUUGCCAAAAGAUCCACAACAAAAACGAGGCUCGGGUUAUCCAAGAUAUUUCCCGGCUAAUAGUUCCAUCGGCAGAAAGUCUCGCUACGUUCGGCGCUAAACACCUUAACAUAUUAAUAGAGAGUGUUAACGAAGGCUGGAAUAACUCAAUCCCGUUAACGGGAACCCGUCCCCAACCUGAUUACUCUGUCGGAUUCACACGGGAGGCAUUUAAUGAUAACCAACUAGCCAAACUUUCGCCUUUCAUUGGCGACUUUAUCGGUGGAGAUCAGUCCUUUUUUAUGGCGACAUAUUACAUGUACUUCCCGUUCUUAACGUGCGAAGUGAAAUGCGGCGCCGCUGCGCUGGAUGUGGCCGAUCGACAGAAUGCCCACAGCAUGACACUAGCUGUACGAGCUGUCACCGAGCUCUUCCGCGCUGUUAAACGCGAAAAUGAAGUACAUCGACAGAUAUUAGCAUAUUCCAUCUCACACGAUCAUAAGUCAGUGCGUAUCUAUGGCCACUAUGCCGUGAUUGACGGGAAGGACACAAAGUACUACCGUCAUCCCAUUCGCGAAUACUUUUUUACAGAAUUAAACGGCAAAGAAAAAUGGACAGCAUAUCGGUUUACCAAGAAUGUAUACGAGUUAUGGAUGCCAUCUCAUUUCAAGAAGCUAUGCUCGGCCAUUGACCAGUUGCCGUCUGAGCUGGACUUUAAUAACCCGUCAAUGCCGUCGACCGGGUUAUCGCAGGACCUGCCGAUUCACCAUUUGAUCCAAUCAAAUGCAGACUUGCUUUCGCCUCACAGUGAACAGAAUAGUCAAUGCAGCACUUCAAAACAAGAAACUGCCACAUCGUUUACAAAUUCGGGCACUGCGAAGAAGCGCAGAGGUGCGUAUGGUGGACAUUGUACUGGGAGCAUGGCAUUAUAG